AUGGUUCCUCCAGGCAACAUUCUGUUCCUGCUUUUGCUCCCAGUGGCUGCAGCUCAGAUGACCCCAGGUUCCUGUUCCGGAUGUGGGCCCCUCUUCCUGCCACUCCUGGCGGGUCUCGUGGCCGCAGAUGCGGUUGUGUCACAGCUAAUUGUGGUGGUGGUGUUUGUGUGUGUGCGCCCACGCAGCAGGCCCACCCAAGAAGAUGGCAGAAUCUACAUCAACAUGCCUGGCAGGGGGUGA